AUGAAUCAAUCAACAACAGCAUCAGAAACACUGUGUUUUCAGUGCAAUUUAAAUAAAACUAGCAAUGGUGAUGAACACUCGAGUUUUAUCAACACCAUAAAAAUUCAUUAUCCAAAUGCAAUGCUAAUUGAUGAUUUUGUGUUCAAAACAAAAGAAUUACUAAUCCCAAGAGCGUUUUAUCCACGUGUGAAUACAAUGUGUUGUGUUAGUUUAUGUCGCGAUGAAAUAACAAGCCCAUUCAAGAAUGUUAUAGAAUCAAUCUAUGGUUCAGCAUUUUCCUGCGGUUCAUUAGGCGGAAUGUUACUUUGUGGUCGAACAGGUUUCAGCGCUGCUCAUAGCCAUGUACCAAUCGACGAUGCCUGUCUAAUAUAUUACUGUUUUACUCAUAUAGCGAUUAACGAGAAUGGUCAGAUUGGUUCAGUGUUGCGUAAUAAAACAGGUAUGAAACAAGAGUCGUCAGCAUGCGGUGCUUUGGUGGCAUUUACCAGAGAAUUGAAAAGUGGCAUUCGACAACCGAUUCAUAUCGAUGAGAACGAUGUUGAAAUGACCUUUUUAAAAAAGCAAUUGUUAAACACGCUACCAACGUUAGCCAAGCAACAAACGACUUUAUUAGAAGUAACACAUACGGCGUAUUUAACGAUCACUAGUGAUUUAGAAAAUCAUGUUAUAGACGACUCAAAAAAUCACGAAAAACGUCAGUAUGCGUUGUUUACUGGUGUGCAAAUACACGGUCCAAACGGACAUGAUUACGUUUGGUUAGGAAAAUCAAGUUUUGUUAAACAUGGAAAAUUAGAAAAUUUUCCAUUUGAUAACGUAAAUCACAAAUGA